CCACCCCUCCCCCGGCCGGCCGCUCCCUCCCUCCGCCGAGCCGGAGCGAGGAAUGGGCGGUCCCGGCCCGUAGCCCCCGGCUGCGGCUGCUCCUCCUCCCGGUCUCAGCGUCUCGGCGGCCUCCGCCCGAUGCUGGCGGAGAGCGGGGUCUCGGCGGCGGCGUUGUGAGCGCUCCGGCCGGGCCGCCGCCGCCAUGUCCGGCGUGGUGCGCACCCUGAGCCGCUGCCUGCUGCCGGCCGAGGCCGCGGGCCGCGCCGGGGAGCAGCCGCGGAGGGACGGCAAGGAGCGGAGCCGCGAUGCCGAGCGGGAGGCGCGGCGGCGCAGCCGGGAGAUCGACGCGAUGCUGGCCCGGGAGCGGCGCGCCGUGCGCCGCCUCGUCAAGAUCCUGCUGCUGGGCGCCGGCGAGAGCGGCAAGUCCACCUUCCUCAAGCAGAUGCGGAUCAUCCACGGCCGCGAGUUCGACCAGAAGGCGCUGCUGGAGUUCCGGGCCACCAUCUACGAGAACAUCCUCAAGGGCUGCAGGGUUCUGGUUGACGCACGGGACAAGCUGGGGAUCCCUUGGCAGUACACGGAGAACGAGAAGCACGGGAUGUUCCUGAUGGCCUUUGAGAACAAAGCUGGGAUGCCCAUCGAGCCUGCCACCUUCCAGCUCUACGUGCCUGCCCUGGGUGCCCUCUGGAGGGAUUCGGGGAUCAAGGAAGCCUUCAGCCGUCGCAGCGAGUACCAGCUGGGUGAGUCGGUGAAAUACUUCCUGGAUAACCUGGAUCGCAUCGGUCAGCUGAACUAUUUCCCCAGCAAACAAGACAUUUUGCUGGCCAGAAAAGCCACGAAGGGGAUAGUAGAGCAUGAUUUCAUCAUUAAAAAAAUUCCUUUCAAGAUGGUGGAUGUAGGGGGACAGAGGUCUCAGCGUCAGAAAUGGUUCCAGUGCUUUGAUGGAAUAACUUCCAUUUUGUUCAUGGUCUCCUCCAGUGAAUACGACCAGGUCCUCAUGGAAGACAGGCGCACAAACAGACUCGUGGAGUCCAUGAACAUCUUUGAGACAAUAGUCAAUAACAAGCUUUUCUUUAACGUUUCCAUCAUCCUAUUCCUCAACAAGAUGGAUCUCCUGGUGGAGAAAGUAAAGACUGUCAGCAUCAAGAAGUAUUUCUCGGACUUCAAGGGCGACCCUCACCGCCUGGAGGACGUGCAGCGUUACCUGGUGCAGUGCUUCGACAGGAAGAGGCGGAACCGCAGCAAGCCGCUCUUCCACCACUUCACCACGGCCAUCGACACGGAGAACAUCCGCUUCGUGUUCCACGCCGUCAAGGACACCAUCCUGCAGGAGAACCUCAAGGACAUCAUGCUGCAGUGAGGGACAGCAGCCCCUGCUCUGUUCAAGUUUCGCCGGAGGGUUCGAUCGAAGUUUUUGUCCUUUCUUUGUGGCCCUUGCAUGCGGCGCGGGACCCGUGCGAAUUCCUUGGCUCAGGAAUGCUGUUCACUAGCCAGUCCAAACAGAGGAGCUAUAGGCCGGAGGAGUCAUGUUGAUGUUAGCUACUGAAUCAUUUGGACUAAAACACUACUGAAACCUGGCCGUGGUAGGUUCUGUACCGAGUUUGGAACGCUGAAUGACACAGCCACCGUCUGCCUUCUUGGAGAACAGAAUUCUCUGACAAACCGUGCAUGGAAGACACGUUUCAAAUGAAUGCGCUCAUUUUUCAGAGACACUAAUUGUACAAACUGCCUUUUUUUUGUAGUUUGGAGGUGCUGAAUCGAUCAAACUAAUCUAAACAUGAUGAGAUUGGCAGCUGUAUUGGAGAAUGUUAAUGGAAGUUCCAUUCUUAACCCUUAGGAAUAUAACCAGGUCUUGUGUGUGUGUUCAGCUUUGCCGAGGGUCUGGAUUCCGCCUCCCGAGGUGGAUGCACAGCUCUUGUCUGAAGGUUUUGCAUGAGUCUCCUGAGCACAAGUGUAAAACUGUGUAAGGAGACUCACGUUGGAGUCAAUGGGAUGGGGACUUGAGGCCUCGCUGAAGCGGAGAAGGGUUUAUUUUGCACUAUGAGUGGAGAGAGUUACAUCAUGGGAAAACUGAUUUCCUUGGUGCAGCAGCCUGUGCUGGAGCACCCAGCCAUGCACAGGGGGUGCUCGAGGCAGGAGUGUCCUCACACCCACGGUGGGCAGCCCCUCUGAAGGUUCAGUAUCUCACGUGACAGAGCUUCAGCUGUGCUCAAAAGUUUGGAAGCUCAUUAAACUCCUUAAACAAAGGUUUUGGUAGCACAGCAGCUGCUUGAUGAGUUCCCAGCAGCUGACCUAGGAAGACUGAACACCCUGGAGAUCCCAGCUGCACUGAUGUAUUUGGACAGCAAGACCUUGCUGUAGAAUUAGCCUUUAAUCUGUGUCUUAAUGGGAUCUUCAGCCUAUGGUGAUGCAGGUAGAACCCAGAGCACAGUCAGGUUUGGAGUCGCCCCUUUUGGGCAUGGUUUGGGUGUAAAAUGCCAAGAGGCUGUGAAUAAUUUGGAUGUGAACUCCGAAUUUCCUUGUGCUCUCAGUCUCUGCCAGGUGCCUUUUCUGUGUACAGACAUUGAAUCUUUCCUGCUGCAGUGGGGUACAUGGACAAACUGAAGAUAUUGUAGUGCUGUCCUUUAGGUAACUCAAACAUAGUUUACUGUGCAAUUUUUGUCAUGGUUUUUAUCCAAGAAUAAAACCUGAAGGGCUGUUUGUACCCAUAAAAAGUCAGCAGAUUCCCUGGAGUUCUUAUCCCCUUUGAGCCUGUAAUGGCAUGUCAAAACAAGCAAAGUUUUACUUCAGCUGGUAAUCCCAUGGGAAAUGUGGUCAAAGAAAAGUCCUGUUCCGUUGUCCUUUCAUGUUAAUUUGGAUAAAAUCUGGAAUCUUUCUUCCCCUCUGAAGCUUGCAGAUGUUCAUAUCAGUAUUUUUGUGUCGUUUCCUGAUGUCACAGCCUCCUGGCUUUCUUUGUGCAGGCUCCAGAGUGGAAAAGCUGUGGCUGUGUCAGUGCCUGGAACAGGCACAGAAUCGAGGUAAGAAGCAACUGACAAGUCGCAGAUGGGAAAAUCUAACUUAAAUCUCAGCAAACUUAAACAGGAAUUAGCUUCCUUGUGACAAGUCUUAUUUUGCCAGGACCAACUCUGUCUUUUAAAUAUUUAUUAAUUUUUAGCCUUGAAGGGGAAGAAUUUUAUGUGGCUAGUAUUCAGAUGAGGGAAAAAAAUCUCAAGAUUAUUACAUUUGAAAAGGAAAACGUUUCACCACGGCGUGAUGCAAACGAGUUUACUCAUCACAUAAGGUUGGUUUCUCUGAGCCCAUUUGUUUGGCUGAAGACUAAGGCUGCUUUCAAAGCUUUCAGAUGUUUUCUGAGUUUUUGGUAGUGGUUUCCACUUCACACAAAACACUGGGAAAGAGGAGGCAGUUGUGGGCUCACCUGACUUCUAGGUUGACUUGACUUUAGUUCUUAGUUUGCUGUGAGCUUUAUUCUUUCACUGAAUUUUCCAGAUGAGUUAAUAUUAUGCUUGUUUUCUCAAAUUAGUUAAACAUUCCCUUUCAACUGUAUUUUUUCUCAAGAAUUACCUCAGUUUGGUGUCUGAAUCUACUGUAGUUUUACCUGGGAGGCAUAGCAUGGAAUUUCCUGUUCUGUUUUUCUCUUGACACUCAUCCAUGGUUUUGUGUCCUUAGUCACCUUAUGGAUUUACCCUCAACAGAGCUAAUGAUGAACUUGCAUUUUCAGUAACUUAAAAUCUGCACCUGGAAAAGAAACAGCAUGAGAGAUUUCGCACUGAGCUCUCAAGCUGAUUUUUUUUUGUAUGAUAAGGCAGUUUUGCACACUAAAUCAAUUUUAGGGAACCAGUUUGCCCACCUUGGGCCCAUUAUUGCCUUUCUUGUUUUAAUUGAUGGAAGGGGCCUGAGUGUGGGGCUGCAGCCGCAGGUGAAAAUCAGUGUUUUGGCUCUGUGGGCUCUGUCAGGUUUGGGUAGUGAAGGAUCACACCAGGAACCCCAGGUCAGGAAACUCUCCUUGCAAAAGUUAAGCACUUCCCAAGUUUGCAGAGUAAACUGUGAAUGAAAAGGAUGUGGGGGUCUUUUUGAAAUGUCAGUUUUCUCUGCAAAAUACUCUUCUUGCCACAGCUGAGGGGGCUUGGAGUGUUUUUUUCAAGGUAAGUUAUAGUAUAAUAAAGCCAGAAAAUCAUGUUGUGGUAAAUCAGUGAUUACUAAAGCAGAGCUUAGGUAGGUGAGGUUGUUCACACAUCUUGGGACAGGCCUGGUCGGUUGCUUAGUCUUUCACCAGAAACAAAUAUAAAACUUUAUUUUAAGUGACAUCCUGGAGAACUUUGCAGGUAAACACAGCUGGAGAGAACAUCAUUUUUUUGUUAGUUUUAUAGGCUUAUUGUUCAUUUGGCUGGUCAGGAAAUGGGUCACAGGCAGGAUGAUCAUCAGAUGGAGACCUUGAACAAGUACUUUUUUUUUUUUAUUUUAAGAAAAGAGCAGCUUUUUGCUGUCCCUCCUCUGACACCCGGGGUCAGUGACAGAAUAUUGCAGAGGGGUUGUCUCUGCCGAGGACAAAGAGAGGAAACUCUUGCAGCCUGUGCUUGGGGCAGAGACUUACGUAAUCCUGGAGUCUGAGCAGAAAAACUAAAUGGGAGCCAUUUAUCCAACACUACUUUGUGUUUGUUGUGCUCAAAGGCAGAGUUAAGCUAAUGGAGUGUGUCAAUGCCACUCCUGCAGAUUGCAGGCUCUGAGCAGUCCUUGGAUGCAUGGCAAGGUGACUUGGUGGAGUUAAAAAGGAAGAGUGGUUUUCUGGAAGUGACAUAUUCAAUAGGCACUUGUCACUUUGAAGGAAUGAAAUCGUUCUUAAUGUUGAAAAUUAACUAAUGGUGGUUGUGGAAUUGAAAUUGCUGAAUUGAAUUAAUCUUACUUAAUACAGCAGCUUUGAUUAUUUGACUUAUUAACUUGAUAAUAUGUUUAAUUUUUUAAUUGCUGCUGUGUAAAACCUAGAACUAGGCAUGUUACAUGGAUGAAGCUCCUGUGGAUGACCAUUCCCAGGCCUUCUGGGGCAGGUAAAGCCCAGCUGCAGGCAGAGUGGAGAAAGUAAUGGCAAAUAAACCAUAGGGAAAUGGAGUAGGAAGAGCUUAUUGGCACAUGGCACUGGAGACAAGAAUAUAAUUCCCCUAGGACAGCUGAAGUGGCAUUUGGUGUGAAAAGUGGUGCAUUUGGAGCGUGUCCCAUCCCGUCCAUGUGUUGCCCCCAUCCCCAUGGGCUCAUUCCCUCUGGGAAUUCUCCCAUCCUGGUUACUGUGAUCUGCAGAGAAACGUGGAAUUAAAGCAGGUGAAAGAACAGGCGUGGUACCACUGCAGAAAGCAGCAGCCUGCUUUGGUGACAGCUGCCUUCUACAGAACAGCAUUUUAGAAAACAGGUCCUCUGCUGCCUUUAGAUGGCUGUCUUUGUAUUAACUAUGUUUUAACUUAUAUUAACUUAUGUUUUGGAGUCUUUUCUAUGUGUGUACUUCUUUAUUUCUGGGGGAAAAAUCCCUUCUGUGCAUGGACCUGGAGGAUUUCUCUAAAAGGCCCCUCUGAUUUUCAAGCAGUGAGUUUUGACACUUGCCUUAGCUUAGCUUCUGUCAUCGAAUUUUCAGGAAUACCUGCUGGAUUGAUGGAUGAUUUGAUGUGUGCCAGCUUGAGAGACAACACCUCCACACAGUGCAGUUUGUCAUGUAAACCAAACACUGAUCUCACGAUGAGAACUCUCUAAGUUUAGCAGAACCCUCUUUUCUAUAUUCUCUUUCUAGCACAAAAUCACGUGGAGUAGUCAGGGGUUUAAUAUCGCACUGCCAACUCUUUACCUCAUACUCUGUAAUUCUGUAACACAAAGUGGUGGGUGGGGUGUUUCAGUAGCAACUAUUAAACAUCUGUGCCUACUUUUGUAAAUGAGCUUUUAACAGUUUUUUAGGGAGCAUCCAGUAUGGAUCAGGGCUGGCGUGGUCUGGGCCAGACUUGGCCUGAGUUAGUGCUGACUCCACACAGCUCCAGCUGAGGAAUGUCUAGCCUAGUGAGGAAUAACUGGUGAUGCAAGACCUAGUGCUUUUUAAUAAUACCUGUUUUGUAAUUAGCUGGGGUGAUCUCUGCUUUGUGCUGUGACGUGGGCACUUCUUUGUUUUGACACUAAUCUUUUUUAAGUAGAUGGAAAUGAGUAAAGCCAGGAGAUUUGGAGCUGAAGCUGCCUCUUUGCUCACCUUGGUGGCUGAGCAGUUCAGCUCCAUCCCUGAUGUUUUUAUCUUUCUAAAGGCAUUUGGAAAGCGGUGUUGAAGUUUGUCUGUGUGUUGAUAUGCUCGUGUUCUUACUGGGUGGGGAGUGUGGAGGUUCUGUCAGUGCUGGUGGUUCUGUGCCUGGCCUGAGGAGCUGGCCCAGCCCUUGGCCUGUGACUGAAGGUCUGGUGUGAAAAUAGUCAGAGGGGGGAAAAAAGAGCAGCACUGACUUCCAAGGUGGGAAUUCUGGUAAAUAAAAAAAAAAGCCAAAGUAUGUUGGAGGGGAGCAGGAGAGGGGAGCUGGUUUCUAAACAGAUCCCAAAAGCUGAUGGUGCUUGAAGACUGUACUGAAGUGAAAUGCCAUCUGCACUGACCCAAAAGCUUUGAGUGACUCCAGAGAGCCAUUGGCUGUGAGUUAGGAGCAGCAGGCUGGCCAGGCUGGCCCUGCCAUUGUAAAACCUCUCUUCAUCCGUUCAUCACCGGGUGCUAAAACUCAAUUUUGAUAGAAUACAGUAUGCAGAUCUCUGGCCAGACACUGCAUCCUACUCUUUCCUGACAGCAGCUCAAACUUUCUUCAAGAUACCAGAGCAUGAGAAGGUAAGAGGCUGUUUCCAUUCUUGGAAUAAAAAACUACAACCGAUGGAGAGCAACUUUAUUUAACAAGCAGGACCCGAGGGAGCAUGUUGGAGGGAAGUGACAGGUUCUGAGUAGCACAACUCUGCUGUUACUUGCCAUCAAUCUCCUGUGCAGGUGGUUGGGCACAAAGGCUGAGAGGAGCUAGCAGGGAGCAGGGGGAUGUGGAGGAGAAGGGAUCUGUUGGGAGCUCACGAGACUUGGGAAGGUGCCUGGUGGAACUGAGGUGUGUUCAGAGCCCUGUUUGCAUUGAGGCCAUGAACCCUCUGUAGGAGAGGGAGUGUUCCCCCAGCUGGUGUUGUCUGAGACGUGGCAUGGGCUUGAAUUGAUGAUACAGAUUAAAAAGCAUUUCUGGACACUCCACUGGACAGCAGUGCUGGUGUUUCUCGCUCCAGUGAGAGGCUGUUUUGUUUGUGGAAUCAAAAUGUGCAAAAGCAAACUGACAGAACACCAGGUUAUCUGUGACACGACCACAUAGCUUAGGAAGCCAAGUGAUGUUAUCUUUUAUUCUGCAAUGUACUUGCUCUCUGGUGCCUAUGCAUUAACACACAUACUAUGCAAUAUCAGCCUUUUUUUAAACCAGUUCACUACAUUGGGCAAGAACGCCCUGAGUUUAGCCUUAAUUUUCUUAACAAUUCACAGGAAAGUACUUUAAAAACAGUGACAAACUCAAAAAAGGUGGAAAAUGCAUAAAGUAAAAGCACAGUCCCAGACUGCUCACAUAAGUGUCUUUCUAGCACCAAAACAGCAUCCGUGAUAGAAGCAGCUACUUGCUGUAAUAGUUUCAACUUAUGAAAACUGUGUACUAGAUAAAAUUAUAUUGUGAUGUGUAAAAAGUGUAUUUUAUAGCUUUGGUGACUUAGUUUACUGUUUUGUAUAUAUGAAUUUUAUAAAUCUAUUAAAACUUGACUUGUUAUACUGUU